GAGACCUGAGGGGAGAGACAGAAAUAGCCGGUGCCGUUACUUCCAGCAGAGACUCUGACAUUAAUACUAAUAUACUGACAUUAAUACUAAUAUACUGACACUGAUAUUAAUACAGAGACUGAGGCCGGAGCUGCACAUGCGCAUUAGACACACAAUGUCCCUGUGACUCUCAGUUCAGUGAUGGCCAGUGAGUGUGUGAAGGUUCUGGUGAGAUGUCGCCCAAUGAAUCCCCGGGAGCUGCAGCUCAAGUGUCAGUCUGUCAUCUCUAUGGACAGUACCCGGGGCCAGUGUUUUAUCAGCAAACCUCAGGGGGGCGAGCAGACCCCCAAACAAUUCACCUUCGAUGGAGCUUAUUAUACUGAGCAUUGUACUGAGAUCAUCUACAAUCAGAUCGCCUAUCCCUUAGUGGAGGGGGUGACUGAGGGCUACAAUGGAACCAUCUUUGCUUAUGGACAGACGGGCAGUGGCAAGUCAUUCAGCAUGCAGGGAGUCCCAGAUCCGCCUUCCCAGAGGGGCAUCAUCCCCCGGGCAUUUGAGCACAUAUUUGAGAGUAUUCAGUGCGCUGAGAAGACGAAGUUCCUGGUCAGAGCCUCCUACCUGGAGAUCUACAACGAGGAGAUCAGGGAUUUGCUGGGGGUCGACCCAAAACAAAAGCUUGAGCUGAAGGAGCACCCAGAGCGGGGGGUGUACGUGCGGGACCUGUCGCUACACACGGUGCACAGCGUGACGGAAUGUGAGAAGAUCAUGGAGAUCGGCUGGGGGAACCGCUCAGUGGGGAGCACCCUCAUGAACAGCGACUCCUCUCGCUCACACUCCAUCUUCACCAUCACCAUUGAAAUCUGCUCCACUGAUGACAGUGGGGAGGAUCACCUGAGGGCAGGGAAGUUGAAUCUGGUGGAUCUGGCUGGCAGUGAGAGACAGGCUAAAACGGGGGCCACGGGGGAGCGACUUAAGGAGGCAACUAAAAUUAACCUCUCCCUCUCCGCCCUGGGCAACGUCAUCUCGGCUCUAGUGGACGGAAAAUCCAAGCACAUUCCCUACAGGGACUCCAAACUGACCCGCCUGCUGCAGGACUCCCUGGGGGGCAAUACCAAGACCCUCAUGGUGGCCUGUCUCUCCCCUGCCGACAAUAACUACGACGAGAGCCUCAGCACCCUGCGCUAUGCCAACCGUGCCAAGAACAUCAGGAACAAGCCACGGAUCAAUGAGGACCCCAAGGAUGCCCUGCUGAGAGAGUACCAGGACGAGAUCAAGAAGCUCAAGACCUUGUUACUGGAGAAUGGGGUCAGAGAGAUGCCAGGACUGGAUAUGUUUGCAGCACUCAAGGCACAGGUGGGCGGUUCUGAAAGUGACAUGGAGGUGGAGAAGCGUCUCAUCCGGCAGGAAUACGAGGAGAAAUUUGCUCAGCUUCUUGCGGAUUACGAGGCGGAGCAGAAGUCACGGGUUCGGCUGGAGAAGGACAUCAGUGACCUGAGGAACACGUAUGAUGUGCAGCUGGCGAGCAUGGAGCAGGAUCUGAGGAAGAGAUCAGAAACAGAAGUUCCAGACAAUGAGGCUCCGGGGGAUUCACAGUCGGACCAGAUCGAGCCCUCAAAGCAGCACCUCAAUAACAUUAGCAGAGACACUGCAGAGACGCAUCUUGCACCCACCCUUCCUGCUGAGGAGCCCCCCCGAAAUGUCACUCCUCAGAAUGUACUCGCCAGGCUGCAGAUGCUGGAGCAGCAGGUGGUGGGGGGGGAACAAGCGGAGAACAAGGACCUGAAGGAGAAGCGCAAGCGCAGGAAGAAAUACGCAGACGAACGCAAGAAGGAGCUGCUGGACGCACUGCAGAACGAAGACGCCAAUGAGCGGGUCCUGCUGCGAGUCUACGAGUCCAUCCAGGAUGAGCUGCAAGCCAAGAGUCGGCUCCUUGACAAGUUCCAGAAGAAGCUUCGCGCCUCCGAGACGGAAAUCGAGGACCUCCUGUCUGAGUUUGAGCGCGAGAGAAACGAUUAUCUGGCCACCAUCCGCCGCCAGGAGAUGGAACUACUUCUGCAGCAUCAGAUCCUUGAUCAAGUGCAGCCGCUCAUACGGAGAGACUGUAACUAUGGAAACCUGGACCGGAUCCGGAGGGAGGCGCAGUGGGACGAGGACUCUUACAGGUGGAAACUGCCCGAACUUGUCUUGCAGAAAACCAGUCUGCCCUCAGCUCCUGGGCUCCCACAGGUUAAAUCAAAGCGAGCGACAGCGCCAGAGACUGAGGACCACCAGAUGGAAGAAGAUCGUUACAGGUUAAUGCUCAGCCGAAGCGACAGCGAGAACAUCGCCAGCAACUACUUCAGGUCCAAACGCGCCAGUCAGAUCCUGAGUGCCGACCCCAUGAGGAGUCUGGCAGCUCUGCACAAUUCCUCCCCUGUGGGUAAUGCCCCCCUCGUGUCAUCAGCGCCCGUCUCCUGUGCCAGCGCAACCUCCGUUUCCCCCCCUCGUGGGACAGAUGUGCCCCCCCUGCGCCCGUAUCGACUGCAGUCUCUCCCCACUCCUUCUGCCAAAAUCAGACGCAAGAAGAACAAGUUGUCUCCUGGCACAGAGCCAUUCUGACCCCCCACUGCCAUCAUCGGCCCCCCACUUCCUUCUCUGCGGCUGCAUUUGGGGGGCUGCCGGGAUCUUCCAGUGGUUUUUAUACGUGGGGUGCAGCUUGGACACAGGGUUUGUUGGGGGCCCUCCUGCCAAUAGAUUCCGCAACUCAUCACUUUUUGUAGUGAAUGAAAGGGCCCCGGGCCCCGCAGGGAAAUCAUCGUUAUUAUUAUUAUGUAAUAGUAUUAGACAUUAGUAAUUAUGUUCCACUAAAUGUGAAAUGGAAGGGACCCCCUUGUGUGCGGCCCCCCUGAAAUCAGACGCUGCAUUGAGCUCGGCACAACUGGAUCCUGGAUUGGCUGCCAAAUUGGUCAGGGGAGGGGUUUAUUGGCUGUGAGAGACCUCCCCCCUCCAUUGAAAAGGCUGUGCUCCUCCCUCACCUGCCGCUCUCUCAAUAUCUAUUUACCUGGAGCACAGGUAUCACAAGUGAACCCCCCUUGUUCUCCAUAUUGGUCUCUUUGUGGGAGGAGCAUUAUCCAUCUGAACUAGCGCCUGAUUGGCUGUUCAUUUGCAGGUGAUCCACCAGAUGUGCGUGUGUAUGGGAAGAUCUAAUCUCAUUUCAGACUUCUGAUUGGCUGUUACAGGGGUGAUGGGUCAGUUAGUCUGAUUGGUGCUCAAACUGUCAGGUCACAUGAUCACAUCAGCAAUAAAAACUCAGUAUUGAAUAGAAA